CAGCCCGGCAACAGCAGCAGCAGCACCGCCGCCACCAGCCCGCAGCGCUCGCCCGCCGCCGCCGGCCCGCGGGAGGUACCGGCCGCCGCCAAGAGCUCCGGGACGCCCCGCCGCCCACCAGAUAGAUGUGCGGUCCCGCCGCCCGCACGGCCGACGAUGAACGCGCAGCUGGCGAUGGAGAACAUCGGCGAUCUGCACGGGGUGAGCCAUGAGCCGGUGCCCGCCGGCGCCGACCUGAUGAGCGGCAGCCCCCACCACCGGAGCGCGGUGGCCCACCGCGGCAGCCACCUGCCGGCCCACCCGCGCUCCAUGGGCAUGGCGUCCAUCCUCGACGGCGGCGACUACCACCACCACCACCGGCCGCCCGAGCACGCGCUGACCGGCCCCCUGCACCCCACCAUGACCAUGGCCUGCGAGACACCCCCCGGCAUGAGCAUGAGCAGCACCUACACCACGUUAACCCCUCUGCAGCCUCUACCUCCCAUCUCGACGGUCUCGGACAAGUUCCCUCACCACCACCACCACCAUCAUCACCAUCACCAUCCCCACCAGCGGAUACCGGGCAACGUGAGCGGCAGCUUCACGCUCAUGCGGGACGAGAGGGGUCUGGCGUCUAUGAACAAUCUCUACACCCCCUACCACAAGGAUGUUACCGGCAUGGGGCAGAGCCUCUCUCCGUUGUCUGGAUCGGGCCUGGGGAGCAUCCACAACUCCCAGCAAGGGCUGCCCCACUACGCUCACCCCAGUGCCACCAUGCCCGCCGAGAAAAUGCUCACCCCAAACGGAUUUGAAGCCCACCACCCUGCCAUGUUAGCCAGGCAUGGCGACCAACACCUCACCCCCACCUCCGCUGGCAUGGUGCCUAUCAACGGGAUCCCACACCACCCCCAUGCCCACUUGAAUGCCCAGAGCCACGGGCAGAUCCUGGGCUCUGCCAGGGAGCAAAACCCUUCUGUAACUGGUUCGCAGGUCAACAGUGGAAGUAAUUCAGGGCAAAUGGAAGAAAUCAAUACCAAAGAAGUAGCUCAGAGGAUCACCACCGAGCUCAAGCGGUACAGCAUCCCCCAGGCUAUCUUCGCCCAGAGGGUGCUGUGCCGGUCUCAAGGGACGCUCUCAGACCUGCUGAGGAACCCCAAGCCCUGGAGCAAGCUCAAAUCCGGCCGGGAGACCUUCCGCAGAAUGUGGAAGUGGCUCCAGGAGCCGGAGUUUCAGCGGAUGUCUGCUCUGCGGCUUGCAGCGUGCAAGAGGAAAGAACAAGAGCACGGGAAGGAUAGAGGGAAUACACCCAAAAAGCCUCGGUUGGUCUUCACCGAUGUCCAGCGUCGAACUCUACAUGCAAUAUUCAAGGAAAAUAAGCGUCCAUCCAAAGAAUUACAAAUCACCAUUUCCCAGCAGCUCGGGUUGGAGCUGAGCACCGUCAGCAACUUUUUCAUGAAUGCACGGAGGAGGAGUCUGGAUAAGUGGCAAGACGAGGGCAGCUCCAAUUCAGGCAACUCAUCUUCUUCAUCAAGCACUUGUACCAAAGCAUGAAGGAAUAACCACGAACUGAAACCUCGGUGGAAAAGCUUUAAAAAUA